AUGACCAAAAUUACUGCGAAGGAAACAGUAGAGAGGCUUGACCGAAUUUUCUGUCGCCUUGGUUACCCACGAACAAUAACGUUAGAUAACGCUAAACAAUUUGUGGGAAUCGAGUUGGACGAGUACAGCAAACUGAAAGGGAUCACUCUCAGGCACUCAACCCCUUACUGGCCACAGGAAAAUGGCCUGGUAGAGCGCCAAAAUCGCUCCCUGUUGAAGCGCUUACAGAUCAGUCAUGCCCUAGGUCGAGACUGGCGGCGUGAUCUCCGUGACUAUCUGCUAAUGUACUACACCACGCCGCACUCAAUCACUGGGAAAACUCCAACGGAGUUGAUGCAUGGGAGAACGAUCCGAUCAAAAAUACCCGCUCUGGAGGAUAUCGAGACGACACCUGCCAGGAACGACGUUCGUGGCCGAGAUCGAGUACUGAAGGAUAAGGGCAAGCAGGCAGAAGACCAACGACGCCAUGCCAGGAAAUCUUCCCUAUCAACAGGCGACACAGUGCUUAUGCAGAACCUUUUGCCGGGGAACAAAUUGACAACAACGUUCAACCCGAAAGAGUAUGUUGUUACGCAGCGCUCAGGACCGCGUGUGACUAUCGAGGAUCCAGUGACUGGUAAAUCGUACGAUAGGAAUGUUUCUCACCUGAAAAAGGUGUCAGAUGGUGCGGCAGUGUCAACGGAAACGAUUCCCACAGCUGCUGCAGACAACGACGUCGAUGAUAAUCAGCUUCCUGAGCAGGUCCCCCAGUCUUCCAAUUCAGAACCUGAAUUUCAAGGAUUUGAUCUGGAGGCGAACUGCGCUGCUGAACCAAAUCCUGUUUCUACAUCACGACAGCGACGUGUAACAAAGAAACCUUGCAGAUUUGCAGACUAUGUAUCUUAA